UUUCGCCGAUUAUUGCGGAUCUUAUUUUAAACCAUUGAGUACGUGUUCGUGAGGGUAAUGUUAUGCAGUCCAAAUUAACCUAUAUGAGAACACUUAUUGUGCGUGUGCAGAUGUGCAGACAAAUGUAAACCCAGUAGCUGGUAUUGAAGCAGCUGAACAACAGCUACAACCUCAGCACCAAUGGAACUAUCAGACUUAAGCAAACUUCCUAGCAUCACAGAAGAAUCAAUCAUAGCCUAUCUCAAAAGCAGGCUUUUGUCAAAUGUCAUUUACACAUGGGCUGGCACAAACUUGAUAGCUGUCAAUCCCUUCCAAGAUGUGGGUACAUUUGAACACCCUGAGCUGAAUCAGCUGAUACAGCAGCUGGAUGGUAUUGGCAGUCCAUUGCCUGCACAUGUGCAUUCUAUUGCACAGAUGGCAUAUCAUGGUCUGGCAACAGGAAUUGAUCAGGCAGUCAUCAUCAGUGGUGAGAGCGGUGCCGGCAAGACAUUCUCGGCGCACCGCCUGCUGCACUACCUGGUACAGCUGGAGGAGCGGGGCGAUCGUGGCGCCGGCCAUGCUAUGGAGCAGAAACUGAAUGUCUCCAGCCCAUUGUUGGAGGCGUUUGGUAAUGCUAGGACGACCAGCAAUGGUAACAGCAGCCGCUUCUGCAAACUGUUUCGGUUGUCAUACUCAGACGGCUCGCUGCGUGGGGGCUCGGUGCACACCUGCCUAUUCGAGAAGACCCGGGUGACGUGGCAGUCGGGCGGCGAGCGGAGCUUCCACAUCUUCUACCAGCUGCUGGCGGGCCUGCCGGCGGCCUCGCUGCGCACGCUCGGCCUGGAGCGCUGGCCAGCGUUGGCGGCGCUCGCGGGUCGGCCUGGCGCCGGCGACGCCACCGCCUUCGCGGUGACGGAGGCGGCCAUGGCCGAGCUGGGGCUGAGCGGCGCGCAGCGGGCCGCCGUGUUCGCCGUGCUGGCGGCGCUGUUGCACCUGGGCCGACUGGUCGUCGUGCCUGAGGGUGACCGAUUCCGGGUGGAGCAGGACGCGCCGCUGCUGGCCGCCUCCCGGCUGAUGGGCGUGCUGGCGCGCCGCGACUGCCUCGCGCGUGAGCUGUACGACGGCCUGUUCCGCUGGCUGGUCGACUGGGUCAACGUGCAGAUUGCGCCGGCGGACGCUGCGCCGCGCACCCUCUCGCUGCUGGACAUCUCCGGCUUCGAGAGCCUCGAGUGCAACAGUCUGGAGCAGCUGUGCAUCAAUUACGCCAACGAGCGGCUGCAGCAGUUCUUCCUGGCGUCGUUUCUACGCCGGCUGGAGGCGGCCUUCCUGGAGGAGGGCCUGCUGGGUGCGCGGCUCGAGUACGCCGACAACGAGCCGCUGCUGGCGGCGCUGGACGGACCGGCGCCGUCCGUGUUCGGCGCCGUGGACGAGUGCGGCCCGGUGGCGUACGAUGCGCGCCGGCUCAUCGACAAGAACCGCGACCGCGUCGACCCGUGCCUGACCGCGCUGCUGGCGGGCAGCUCGGCGCCGCUGUCGGCACGCCGACGGGUGCGCGCCGCCGCCACACGGUGCUGGCGCGGCUACAGCGGGCCGUGA